AUGGCGUUCAUCGAAAGUGAAGAGUGGGUCAACGAGGGAUGGUAUAGGGUUAGUCUUUGUGUGGUCGUGUCUAAUCAGUAUACCGAUAUUGUGUUCGAGUGGUGGAAAGAAAUAACCAACUUGAGCGACCGGUCUGCGCUCAAGGCCUUCCUUCACACUGAUUCUCUUAUCAGUGAUGAAUGCCCAUUACAUCCUGGAGCCAAGGGCAUGGAGGUGUUUAUGGCCAUUAUCCAGAACGGCGAAAGCCGUCUUUGUUUCUCGCUCAAACAGAUUUCCUACGCACGUUACUGGCUACAUGCGUACGGACUAACAUCCGAGCCUCUUCCCCUUCCUUCAUCGCAUUACCUACUCACUCUGAAUGAUCUACGCGGACCACCAUCGCCCGUAACGUACAAGACCGUCUCCGAACUUCGAAACGCGCUCAAAGACGUCGGGAAGCAUAACAAGCGCGUCAAGACCUUUGCUGGCGACUUCGCGCUAGGCGAACUACGAACCGUGUUUGAGAGGGUAAGGAGUGUGUGGGGCGAACGCCGCGGCACAUGGAUGGCGAUCGAUUUUGAAGGUUGGGAAAUGGAUCACACGAUUAUUACCGAAUUCGGUUGGUCGCUUAUUAGAUGGGAUCCUGAAGAAGUUGCCGCGGACCCUAAGGAAGGAGACAAUCCGGGAGAAGUGAAGCUAAAGGAAGUGCGCGAAGAAGGACACUGGACGGUAAAAGAGUAUGCAGCGUAUCGUAACGGUAAAUACGUCAAAGACAACCGAGAUCGUUACGAUUUUGGGAACACCGAGGUCAUGCCCAAGACUGUCUUCAAAAAACGCAUUGGCGACUUGAUUACCAAGUAUGCUGCAGAAGGUCCUUUGUAUCUGGUUUUCCAUGAUCGAUAUGGAGAUGUCAAAUAUCUCCAUCAACUCGAGGUGCCUGACAUUGGUGACUUGUCGUCUAUUCCGAACAAGCCGCCCGGUCCCGGGUUGUACUGCAAAGAUAUGUUUUCCGCCCUAGAAGGCGACUCGCAUCAACAGCGUGGACUAGAGCGUGUUUGUCUCCUUCUCAAAAUAAACGGCUUCAAUCACCCGCACAACGCCGGGAAUGAUGCGCAUUUCACAAUGGAAGCCCUGCGAGCAAUGGCGACCGGCAAACCGCUCGAUCCCCAGCGAGAGGAACGAUGGCCAAAUCAGACACAAGUAUUGUUUGGUCAACAGCGUGGGGUCAAAGUCGAAUGGACGGAGCGUGACCUCGAUAGCGAUGACGAGUUUUAUUAA